AUCUCCGUCUGUUUAUGUUUCUCGAGACUGGAGAGUCGCGAAGUCAAAAAUCAGGAUUUUUAUUAAAUUUUGACGGAAAUUACCUCUAAAAUUCAAACUUUUUUAUUCAGAAACUAAAACUUUCUUUCAAUAAGUCUUGCCUGCAAUAAAAUAAUCGGGCUACUUCAGCGAAAAUCAUAUUUUUUAGAAAUUAGGUAAUGAAAUAAUUAUUCAACUUCUGAUACCGAAGGAUAAACUACCUCAGGAUGGCUGGGAAUUUUUGGCACAGUUCUCAUUAUCAGCAGUGGUUGCUGGACAAGCAGGAUUUGAUUAGAGAGAGGCAGCAUGACCUGAGCGUUUUGACUGAGGAAGAAUAUCAAAAGAUUUUCAUCUUUUUCGCAAAUUUCAUUCAAGUUCUUGGGGAGCACCUUAAAUUGAGGCAGCAAGUGAUUGCAACGGCUACAGUUUACUUCAAAAGAUUCUACGCUAGAAACUCGCUCAAGGGCAUCGAUCCUCUUCUCUUGGCCCCAACUUGCGUUUUUCUGGCUUCGAAAGUGGAGGAAUUCGGAGUCAUUUCCAACACCAGGUUGAUCACGACCUGCCAGAAUGUUGUUAAAAACAAAUUCAACUAUGCGUAUCAGCAGGAGUUUCCGUAUCGGACGAACCACAUUCUAGAGUGCGAGUUUUAUUUGCUGGAAAAUCUCGACUGCUGUCUGAUAGUCUACCAGCCUUACCGACCCCUUCUGCAGUUUGCCAGCGAUGCUGGAUUGGACGAUGCUCUCUUGGCUCUGGCUUGGAGGGUUGUCAACGACAGUCUUCGCACAGACGCCUGUCUUUUCUAUCCUCCAUAUCAGAUAGCAUUAGGUUGUCUCCAGAUAGCUUGUGUGAUUCAGGGCAAAGAUCUGAAAUCUUGGUUUGCUGAGCUCAACGUAGACUUGGAGAAGGUGCAUGAGGUGAUGCGGUUGGUCACCCAGCUGCUAGAAUUGUGGAAGAGCUAUGAGGAAAAGAAGGAAAUCCUGCCACUUUUGGCUAAAAUGCCCAAGCCAAAGCAGCAGCCGUCAAGAUAAAAAAAUUCUUCUCGAACUAAUUACCGCUUUAUUUAUUUCACUUUUGAUCAAUUUACAAGCAAUUGGUAAAAAAAAUUCACGGUUCACUAAUGCUAUUUUUUAUUAUAUGAACUGUUUUCAAAAAUUUGCUCCUCUGUUUGAAAUAUAAAUUUUAAUACGCAAAGAAAAAUGCUUUGUCAUUUAUUAUUCAAUAAUAAAUUAAAAAUUAUUAUGAACAUAGAAAUUUUUCGAAGGUUUUUAUAACAAUAAGUUCAUGUCCAGAGCCAGAGGUCCACACCUCAUCAAAUAAUUUUCUUCUAAUUUUGUUUCUAAAAAUUACAUUAAAAGAGUUAAUAGGUAAAUCAUUUAAUAUUGUAUAACAUUUUCUUCUAAUAUAAACAUGGUCUUUAAAGGAAGGUUAA